UCCCCUUUAAAGUAUCUGAGAGGAACAGCCGCACACUUGGCUUCUCUCUCUGCGUCUCUCUCGGAGUCAGUGGUGGGGAAAGGCUGCUGGGGCUGAGUGGACCGAAGGGAUUUUGACUGAUAAUAGAAGCUCCUGUAGUUUGUGGUGGAGGUGACACAGGCUGUGGGUAUGAAAUGCAGGGGAAAGUUAACAGGAGAGUGAUAAGAAACUCGGUUUUACUUGAAUUUCCUUUGGCAGAGGAUACAUGUCUGGACUGUGCAUCCCCAAAAGCAAAGUUGAACAAGGACAUCUUUUUUUAUCCCUUUAUCCUUUCAUCCUACAAUAUGCCCUUUUCUGGAUAAGCUUCUGGAAGAGCUCAGGUCAUUUUGGAUAUUAGUUCCUGGUCCUGUUCUGGACAGAGUCUCCUCAUUUACUCCAGUUAUGACGGUGUUUCUCUGCAGGGUAGCUGCACCUUAAUGGGAGUGGUGCCGGGCUGCGAAUGUGAGCAAGUCUCCAGAUUCCAAUCGCGAUGGACGACAAUGACUCCUUCUUCGGCCUCUCCAGGGAGCAGCUCAUCUAUGCCAUCACCGUGCCGCUGUCGACCUCCAUCAUCCUGGCCAACCUCGUCAUCAUCCUGGGCAUCGCCUGGAACCGCCAGCUCCACAACACGCCCAACUACUUCUUCCUCAGCCUGCUGGUGGCGGACAUGUGCACGGGUGUGGCGCUGCCUUUCAUACCGCUCAUGGGCCUGAACCGGGAGUUGAGCUUCAGCUCCUGCUUGGUGGCGCACAUAUUUCCAAACUUCCUCUUCUUGGCGUUCCUCUUCAACCUGGUAAUGGUGCACUACGAGCGCUACAUUUGCAUUGUCACCCCCCUGCAUUACAAUAACUUGUGGAUGCAUCGCAGCUUUCCUCUAGCGUUGCUCGUGGUGUGGGUGCCUCCGCUUCUGUACGCAUGUCUACCUGCUUUCGGGUGGAACAACUGGACAGGACCAGAUUGGAACGGCUGUUGUUGUGCAGGUAGCCAAAAUUUGACCCUACUUUCAAACUGUUCAACAAAUGGAACCACCUGCUGCUCGUACCGGCGAGUAUUCCCCAACGCUUUCAUCUACUUAGAGGUGUAUGGACUCGUCCUGCCUGCUAUUCUUACCAUCGCUGCCAUGACUGGCCGUGUCCUGUGGAUCACCCGAGGCCAGCUGAAGGACAUUUGCCGCCUCCAUCGCUCGGUGGAUCGGGGCAGUCAGGCCUCGUACCAGGAGCAGAGGCUGAACCUGCGGUACACUCGCUGCGUGGUGGCCGUGUCGCUGACUUUCCUCGCCUGCUGGGUUCCCUACCUCAUCUACAUGCACGUCUGCGUCGCCGUCUUGCUCAGCGACACCAAGAGGAACUCCACCGCUCACAUCGUGCUGUCCUGCACUGGCAUCGGGAGCAUGGCCGUGGUGCCACUGGUGCUCGGCCUGGCCAACAAGCAGUACACGGAGCCGGCGUACAAACUUCUCCAGAAACUCAGAGACAGGUGGAGAAAGACGCAGGCGUCAGAGGAGGUGGCGGUCUGAGAAAACACGAAUGAUUCUGAAUAUUUAUGAAGAUAAAUCCGCACGAAAUGAUGAUGAACUGCAUGCACACAGUCGGCCGAGAGGGGAAAUAUUUAUUUACAAAAUUAAAACACAUUGUCUUUGUUUCUUUCACAAUAUAUUUUAGGGCCCCUGACCAAAUGACAACGUCACACUUCUAUGAUAUUAACUUAAUUAUUUAAAUGUAUGUUUUUCUGGGGGCAUCAGAAAAUGGUUUGAGCUCCAGAGAUUAAAAAAUAAGUAACAUUGUUGAAACUGCAAAACCUCCACAGUGCACCUUUAAAAUAGAAAUUGUACAAUAUGUUGGAACAACGAGCAAAGAAAAUGAACAUUUUGUUUCAGAUUAUCGCACAACUUACACUUGAAUAAACCUAAUAACACAUAUUUAUUUAACAUAAGAGCUCAUUGGCUAAUUUACACAAUGUUUGAUGGUGAUGAAUUUAAAUGUUUGCCUCCAGAUUUUGAAUCCAUUAUCCUCUCAAAAUGAUUUUGGGAUUUCCUGCCAGACAGAUUUUCCUGUAACCAGCAGACCGAUCAGAUUCUUCUUGUCUAUGAGGGGGCAGAGCCUCAUUUUUAUAUUAAUGCUCUUUAAAAAUGUCCAAAUAGGCCUGUAUGUUGGUGUUAGCCUUUUCAAUGGUGUCCUUGUUGCAAGAAAAUCUUAAAAAAUGAUUUUCAAGAGGGUGAACAACAAGCAAGCUGAAAUGUAACUAUAACAUCAUGCAGGAAGGUUAAAUAAAACAAUAAAGCUCAGAGACAAACCUGCUCUGCACAUCAGUA